AAUAUUUAUAUAUAAUAUGAAAAAACGACUCGAGAUUUGUUUAUUUAUGCUCAUGAGGAGGGUCGAAUAUGUGAUGAAUGGUUUCUUCGUUUUUUUCCGUUUAGAACACAAAAACGAGAAAACAAAUUAUCCGAAGGUACACGGACCGUUAGGGGUUGGGAAAAGGUUAGGACUAAAUUUUCGGAUAGGAAUGUUGUUCCAGGAUCAACAAAAUAUGUUGAUGCAGGAACAUGUCUUACUUGGAAAAAUCACGGUGACCUGGAAAAGCGUAGACAGACAGUGACACAGAUAACAUGAACACCAAAAGGAAGAAAUCAUUCAGAGCCGUGAAAUACACGUUAUUUGUGUUUUGCUACAUCUUUUGGGUGUUCAGUGCUGUCCUAAUUGCUGUUGGAAUCUAUGCCAAAGUUGCCAAAGAGUCAGAUGUAGUGGACACACUGAUGGCAGAUCCAGCGCUGUUGUUGAUCAUUGUGGGUUCUCUCAUGUUCACCAUCACUUUCUUUGGCUGUUUCGGAGCUCUGCGCAACAUCUCCUUGCUGCUCAACAUGUUUGUAGGAAUUUUGCUGGUCAUUCUGCUGCUGCAAGUAACAGCCGCUGUUCUGGGCCUUUUGUUCUCUGAAAAGGUUCAAGAGAGGACAGAGAAGCUGAUGAUGAAGGCGAUUGUGCGCUAUCGUGAUGACCAGGACUUGGAAAAUGUUAUUGAUUUUGUACAGAAAAAGUUCAAGUGCUGUGGGGUGGAUUCCUUUUUAGACUGGUCUAAAAACAUGUACUUCAACUCAUCAGACCAAAAUCCCAGUCUGGAGGCCUACGGAGUGCCCUUCUCCUGCUGUAAACGGCAGAAGAAUGAGACUGUAUUCAACUCUAUGUGUGGCUAUGAGACCCAGAAGAUGAAGAAAAAUGCGGCCAAACAGCUCGUCUACACCAGUGGUUGUCUAGAUGAGAUCGUCUGGUGGGGAAAACAGAACCUUCUGCUGGUCGGAGGGAUGACCCUCGUCCUACUGUUCCUUGAGAUAUGUAUGAUGUCACUGGCUUCAGUACAGCUCUGUCAAAUCAGAACCGUUCAACAGAAGAGGAAAUCUAACAGGACCCAAAACCUUUGUUGCAACAGAAAGUCGUGACAGGUUUUAUUACGACCACUUUUCACCAUGUGCUUGUAUUGGAAUUUAAUGAUGCACUGCUAUUGAAAUACCAAGUUAUAACACGUUACAAGUUAGAUGCAAAGAAUGUGAUAAUUACCUUUAUUAUACUGUGAGCCAAAAGCUGUGAUUAAAUCCAGCACUAACAUAAAAAAAAUCUAUUUUUCCAGUGCCUGUCUUUGUUUAUAUUAUCUGUAAUGUUAUUAAAAUAUGUUUUACAACAUGCUGACCUUUACACGCUGUUUACUUUUUACACAACAAUUGUAAAAUUGAUUAAAUUGCUAUAAAAAUGACUAAA